AUGCCUCAUCCCUCUGUACUGGAAAAGUACAGUGGAGGAGGUUAUCUACAGAAGGUGCUGAAGAGCCAAACAUCUCAUGCCUGUGAUGGAGAUGCAAUAAGUGUCUCCUGUCCGCACAAGACAUCUAUCAGCAUCAUGUCUGCUUUCUAUGGACGUAGGAUCUCAAGUCAGAAUCUUUGCCCUUCCAUACUUGGGGAGACGAACGAGGACAUGUACUGCAGUGCCCCCACUGCCCUCCAGAAACUCUAUGACGAAUGCCAGAAUCUACGCUCUUGCCGCUUUUCUGUAAACAGCAGGAUUUUUGGAUCAGACCCCUGUCCUGGGACUAAUAAAUACCUACUUGUGUCGUACAAAUGUAAACCAGGAAACCACAGAGUAAAAACAGUUUGUGAGAAUCAACAUCUAAAUCUGACUUGCAAAGGUAACUCGCUACUAUCAAUCUACUCUGCUAGAUAUGGCAGAACUUUACAAAGGAAACUGCAUUGUGAUUCAGACAACGAAACCACUGCAGAAUACGAAUGUUAUACUCAGACAGCCUUUAGAAAAGUCUCAAGGAGAUGUCACCGCCGACACAACUGCUCUAUUGGAGCUGACAUUCAGACUUUUGGUGAUCCCUGUUUUCCAGGAGUAAUGAAACAUUUGACUGUCUCAUAUACAUGCGUUCCGAGGCGUCUUCUGGAAGAGGUUGGGGACUCAUCUUCAGAUCCUUUUUCUCUUUCAGAUUUCAGUCAUGGUGGCUGGUACAAAGGUCCCCGACGCUUCAGACUAACUGCAAAUAUGAUGAUUCUUAACAGCUGCCUGGAAACCUUUACACUAACUCAUGAUGUGCCAGAGAAGCUAGCACUUUAUUUUCUUUGUGGAGUAUCUACAGGUUUAGUUAUUCUGAUAUUAAUAUUUACCCCAAAAGUAAUGUUGCUUCGGGACAUGAAAGGGGUUUUUUUUGAUACUCAAAAUGAUGAUGAGCAAGUGAAUGGAGAAUUAAAAAUGGUGGCGCUUAGAAUAAGAGAUGAUGGGAAUAAUGAAGAUAGCUCUUCUGAAUCCUCCUUCUUACGAAUCGGCAACAACUAUAACUACUCUGACAACAUAUUCAGCCCUGAGUUAACUGCUGCAUUGGAAGGUGUGAAAGAAGUUAAGGGCCAGGAGACUAGUGAUAUUUGGCUGCACAAAGAAAACAAUCUUUAUGCUACCAAUGAUAUCACAGAGACCAACUAGUAGUUCAUGGAUCUAACAAUUGAUAUGUAUUCAUUUCUUUACUUACAUAUGUAGUUCACCAUAUUUUAUCAUUACUAUUGUUCUAGCAUACUGUAUUUGUGCAUCCCAUACUGACAAUUAAAAAAACAAUGCAAAUUGUUAAUUCACUGUGACUAGAACUUGCUAAAUCACUCAUGGUUGAAAAUUCAAGAAUCCUCUUUUCCAUCAG